AUGGCGAUGUCGGGCAAUACGCUUCCAAGCCCUGCCCUUCAAUCAUUAGAUGCAUCCUUUUUAGACACGAACGAGGCAGGUGUUUCAAAACCCAAGGGCUUCCUCGAUCUUCCCGGUGAACUCCUUAACUGGAUAUAUGAUGACUACCUCUCAGACGUCGGAUUGUCGACGGCCAUAGGUUUCGGCAACGCAUGCCGGACUACCCGGUCGGAGUACAUGCCGUUGUACUUCGGUUCUGUCACAGCUCACAUCCACUUCGUCCUAGUAGAACGCUUCUUCCGGAUAUUUUAUGCUGAUACGUCGGCAUUUCCUCGAAUUCCCGCCUGUAAACUCCUCGUAGAGCUCGGUCAAGACUAUGGCUGGGGAACAUACACCAGUGUCGAUCUCAAGUGGCUAGGCGAAUACCUGCGUGGUCACCCGGACGCCGAGAUCUUUAUUGAGAAAUGGGAGAUGAUGCCAUUCAGUCUGUAUAAGGCGAUUGAUUAUAUCCCGUCAAUCUGCGACAUGUAUUUGCGGCUUAAUGAUAGGGAAGCUGUUAUCCUGCGCGCACAGCCCGUGUCGGUUCAUACUCCGUCUGAUGUGCGUACGCAUGCGUUGGAUUGGGUGUUGACAUUAGUCAUGAAGCCAAAGACUGCACGCCGUAUAUCGGACAGGAACUCGGACCGGAUAGAUCAGGCGGGAGGGGUCUUGACGCUUCUGCAUCCCCGGGGUGGAAUUGAUGGAAAGAAGAUUAGUUCGCUUGAGAUCCAGUCUCGCACCACCACCACCAUGAGGGUGCGAUUGACGCCGUUGCGCCUCGUGUGCGUCGCCAUAACCCUCGUCACCUUCUUCUUCACCUCGCUCGUCUUCCGGCUAUGGCGGGGCGAGCGCGGCUACGACACCUUGCAGGAGCGGCCCCCUCCCGCUGGGCCCGCGCCCGUCUCUCCGGUGCACUUUGGUGAGGAGUGCUCGCCCUUCACCGCCGGCGUCAUGGAGCGCGUCACCAUUGUGCUGAAGAUUGGCGCUGGGGAAGUCGCGACCCAGCUGCCCAUGUAUCUCAACCGGUUGGGAAGGUGCAAACAGGACCUGCUCAUCUUCUCGGAUCGCAAGGACUCGCUCAACGGCUUCGAGAUUGCCGACGCCCUCGCCCACCUGCGCCCGGAGUACAAGUUCAACAACCCCGACUUCGACGUAUACGACCGCAUUCAGGCAACGAAUAGCACCCAGGACAAGACGGAGGAGGGGUGGCGGCUGGACAAGUACAAGUUCCUGCCCAUGAUGGAGUGGACGUCAUACAUGCGGCCCGAGUCGGAGUGGUAUGUCUUCCUGGAACUGGAUACAUACGUCAACUACGACAACCUCUACCGCUUCCUCUCCAACUUCAACCCCAAGACGGCCUACUACUUCGGCUCCCCCGUCUGGCCCAAGAAGAAGACGACCUUCGCACACGGCGGGACUGGCUUCGUGCUAUCGCGCGCAGCGCUGGACAAGAUCAUGGCGCUUGGCAGGAUGUUUGGUGAGAACAAGCACUUCCCCGGAACACACUUCUUCGGCGUCGACGUCAAGAAGCAAUGCUGCGGAGAUGAGAUGUUAGCGCAGGUGCUCAAGAAGAGCGGUGUCUCACUGCGCGGAUACUGGCCCAUGUUCAAUGGCGAGAAGCCGUUCAGCAUGCGUUUCGACAACGAGCAGUGGUGCGAAGCCAUCAUGACAAUGCACCACCUCGGCGAAGACGACUUCACACGACUCUCCCAAUGGGAACAAGCGCGACCGCAUCCCGAACGGCCGCUCAUGUUCGAAGAGCUCUUCACAAUGAUCGAGCCACACCUGCAGGAGAGGGCCGAAGACUGGUCCAACAUGUCCGAAGACGUCACAUACAGGAAGGGCAAGACAGCCUCCAAGUCCUUCGACAACUGCCAACGGGCUUGCGCGAAAGACGGCCGCUGUCUCCAAUUCGAACACGACGGCAUCGAAUGCCGCCUCGGAUACUCCAUCCGAUUAGGCCACCACCAAAGCCGCGAAGGCGAGCGCUCAUGGGUGUCUGGGUGGAUGCUAGGCAGGAUAAAAGUUUUCAAGCAGGCUCGCUCGCCAUGUCAGGGCGCACGUUUUGUUCAUUCGAAUCCUUGA